AUGAGUCUUGGUAAAAGGCGAGCUGCUCUCACGUUUACUGGUGAUUUCAACGAGCCGGUCAUAGAUGUCACCGACAUGAGAGAUGGCGUCACCCUAGUCCCAGAUAUCCACCAAAACGUAUUUCGACCCGCAAGUUUGCAACAGGUUGUGGCUGAAACGCAUUUUUCAAAAAAAGAGGUACGAGCAAUCUAUAGAGCUUUCAAAGAGACGUCGCCCAAUGCUGUGAUCAACAAACAUAUACUGAGAGAAAAAUUUGCUGAGCUCUUCCCACAUGGUGAGAUUGAGCACUAUUCUGAUCUUCUCUUUGACUCAUUUGACAACGACGGCAAUGGAAACAUCAACUUUCAAGAAUUUGUCAAGGCUCUAUCUGUGCUCUGUCGGGGCACCAUGGAUGAGAAACUCGAUUGGCUAUAUAAGCUAUACGACCCAAAGGGAAAGGGUGAAGUGACGUGGCAACGAAUGUUCUAUGUUAUCACCUCAAUGGAUGACUUAAUGGGAAGGAGAGCUCGUCCAGUGCCAAGUCGAGAACAGCGGGCACAACAUGCACAUAAUGUUUUUCAGAAAUUCGAUAUUGGCAAACGAGGACGAAUAUCCAAGGAAGAUUUUAUAACAGUAUGCAAAACUGAUCAACAAAUAAUUGAAUCUAUGUCAGCGUUGUACACAAUAUUACCGGGUUAA